UACUCAGCCCGGGCGGCCGCCGAGGCACCAUGAUGGGGGUGGGGUGGCGCCCGCGGACUGGGGGCCCUAGUGGGGGCCGGCCGCGGUGGCGCCGCGGUCCAUGCGGCCCUGAGGCUCCGACCCGGCGCUGCCCGCUGCUCCCGCCACCGGCCUCUCACGCUGCCAUGUGCGCCCGCAGCGGCGCGGUGCGGGCCCGGGGACGCGCCCGGCCGGCGGGACAGAGCGAGCCGAGCGCAGCUGCCGCCUGCCCUCCUCCGCCGCGCUGCGCGCUGCGCCCUCCACGCCGCCGCCUGCAACCACCGCCUCCUCCUCUUCCUCCCCCUUGGCCGGGCGCCGUCGCCACUCUCCGCUGCGGCGUUCUGCGCUCUCUCGCUUUGCGACUUCUGCCUCCGCCAGGUGCGGCUCGGGCGGUGCAGGUAACCGCGCUGCCCCGGAAACAGGAGGCGGAGCGCUGGGCGCCUGGGUUCCCGGGUCCCCUCCCCGCGCCCAGCGCUGCGAGGGCGGGUCCUAGGACCCAAGACGCGCCCCCUCGUGGGACAGUCCGAACCGCCCGCCGCCCCUAGGCCGCCCCUGCCAGGGGAAAGGGAGACCACCCCUUACCGGGAUCCCCGACGCGGACUGGAUCCCCAGUUCCCAUACCUAUCGUAGUCUGGAUCUGGAACACUGUGGAUGGUGAUGAAUGCUUGUCUCUUUUGAUGCUUGCUUCAUAAGUAUUCUGCUAAGAAGCAGGAGCUCUGGAAACUGUUUGGGGCCACAUCUGCCCUGUUUUCUCCCAGUGUUACCGCCCCAUCCCAGGCCACGCAUCUCCUGUUGGGCUCUGACCCACGUGCUUCUUAGUCCUGGCUGAACAUUCUAACCACCUGGGGGAGCUUCGAAGCCUACACUUGCCCAGAACCCAGGACAUGGAGCUCAUGGAUGGGUUUAGAAAGCCCCCAGGUGAUUCUAAUACGUAGCGGGGGGAGUAGUGUUGGUGCUCAGGUGUAGCCAUGGUUCCAGCCUUUCUGAACUUCUCCCCAGCGGAUCUGCGCAUGUGUCCAUCCUCCCACGUGCAGUACACACUGUCUUCCCCUCCACAAAGCCUUCUUCCAGCUUUUCUAACUGGCGUUCUCUCCCCUGGGAAGGCUCAGCACAAAUGCUCUUGGAGAGAACUUGCAGUCCUCUCCUCUGGGCUUCCUAUUUGUGCAUCACUUCUAUGGACCCUUGAACCUGCUGGGUCCCAAUGCUCGGCUUGUUCUCACACCUUGGACUGUGAGCUCUUGACCGUGAUGCUCUGGUAUGCCCAGUUUCUGACAGGGCCAGGGACAAAACUGUGCUUGGUGAUGGAAGGUUGAUGGAUGUCCCAAUGAGUGUCCUGCUCAGAGAGCCAGUCUUCAUGUGGCUGAGACCUUCACCCUUCCAAAUGCUGACCUUUCUGAAGAGCCCUGGAGGCUGUGAGGCAGGGUCUCACACGGGGUGUACAUGUUCAUGCUCCCCAGGCCUGGGAGAGGGGAGGGGGCCACGCGGAGUGGGAUUUGAGGGAAGGGCCUUCUCCCUCCUCCCAACCUCUGCAUAAAAAUCUCUCCUAUAUGAUGGAAGGCUCAGUCCUUAGUUUCCAUGCUUUGAAAACCUGUGCUUGAAGCAAAGAUUAAAAAUAACAAAACCCACCUUUUCCUGAGGACUCAGCUUACAUCAGUGAUACAUGCAAUAUUCCAUUUAAUCAUCAUUGCCGUCUUGUGUUCACCUGUCCUUACGGGCCGGUGAGGAAACAGAGGCUCUUGGAUAUUGAUUUAUAUACCAGAGACUGCUUGGGCUCACCGAUACCCCGUCUCCUCCUCCUCUGAGGAUCGUAGAUGAUAUUUUUCUGGUCUCCUUUGCAGUCCAUGGAUAUAGGAGGGUGGAGGCAGGGGGCUUGGCCCUUCAU